AUGGCUGUUUUAAACUCAAACCCAGAGAUCCUCUUACGAAAACGUAAGAAUGCUGAUCGCAAGAGAUUGGAAAAACAAGAACAAAUCCGUGACAAGAUUGCAGCUGCAAAAAAGUUGAAGUUGCAGCAAAAGAAGAAGAAAUUUAUCCGUGCUGAAACAUUACUAAGUAAUCAAAAAUCCAAUGAAAUCGAGCGCAAGAGGAUAAAGAAUAUUUCCAAGAAAUUGAAGAAGCUGAAUGAAACCGAGUCGAUCAGCGAAGGAGGAGGAAAAGUUAAGGACCAAGGCGAUUACAAACUCUUGUUCCUUAUAAGAAUUCCCAACCAUACAAAGGGGCUCAAGAUUCCCAAAAAGGCAUUUCAAGUGCUACAAGUAUUGAAAUUAACAGAGUCAAAUACCGGUGUUUUCAUCAAGGCCAAUAGCUCAACAAUCAAGUUAUUGGGUCUUAUUGCGCCAUAUGUGAUUAUUGGUCAACCUUCAAUAUUGUCAAUUAGAAAAUUGUUUCAAAAAAGAGCUCGUUUCAAGACAAUUGAGCAAGACGAAGAGACCAAGGAAGAUGUGGAAAAAGUUGUCAAGUUGGACAACAACAAGGUAGUGGAGGACAAGUUUGAAGAUGACGGAAUGAUUUGUAUUGAGGACUUGAUCCAUGAAAUAGUCACAAUGGGUCCAAAUUUCCUUAAGAUUACUGGAUGGUUGGAACCAUUCAAAUUAAACCAGCCUGUUCACGGCUGGGGCCCUCAAGCAAAGUUGGCCAGGUUAAUCUAUGAUAAUGACCACAAGGUUUCUAUUUCAUUAGCUCAGGAUUAUAAGCUUCAAGAGGUGGAGGAUAUCGACCUGGUAAUUGAUCAACAGAACUAG